UGGGCACCGAGGUUAGCAGCGUUAUAUUCCCCCCGGCGCUUGUCCGGCUGUUCCGCGAGGUUGUUGGUGGCGUUUGUUUUGGAGGUAUUGAGCUGCCGCAAGGAGGAUGACUACAUGCGUAUGUGCCAACUCGGGACUGCGGUUGAGGCCAAGUAGAGAACAGCUGGCUUUGCCGCAAGUGUAGCAGCCUGUAGGCAUGUAGGUGUUUUGGAUCCGAUGAACCUGCACAGCCAAGGAUAUCAGAGGACAGUAACCCGGCAACUCCCCAUCGGUGAGGAACUUCGCUGCCCUGCAACCCCUCCUCCCUCCAUCCCCGACACCUUGACAUAACUACUUUCCGUCUCCCGUUUCCUUUUUUGUCCCUCUCUCCUGAAGCUCUUUCAGUUCAAUCCCUCCUCCCCUCUGAAUCCCCUCUACCCCCCCUCACACCCCUUUUGUUGUUGUUUCAAACAUGGACUCCUCUGGAGAGAGAACCUCCGCCCAGGAGGGACACCUCGACCCCAGGAGCAGCCCCGGUCGCUCCGAUCUCAGCGGACUGUACCACCUGGGUCGGACGUUGGGCAGGGGCCACUUUGCCGUGGUCAAGCUGGCUCGUCAUGUCAACACCAGGCAACUGGUUGCUGUCAAGAUGAUUGACAAGACGAAACUCGACGUGAUGGCGGCGAGCCACCUCUUACAGGAAGUGAGAUGCAUGAGGCUGGUGCAGCAUCCCAACGUGGUCCGCCUCUACGAGGUCAUCAACACGCCCACCACCCUCUACCUGGUCAUGGAGCUGGCCGAGGGAGGCGACCUCUACGACUACAUCCUCCGCCACGAGGGAGGCGUGGCCGAGGGCAACGCCAAGCGCCAUUUCGCCCAGAUCGUGCGCGCCGUGGCGUACUGCCACCAGCUCCACGUGGUGCACCGGGACCUGAAGCCCGAGAACGUGGUGUUCUUUCCCCAGCAGGGGGCGGUGAAGCUGACAGACUUUGGGUUCAGCAACUUAUUCCAACCCGGGACCAUGUUGGCCACCAGCUGUGGGUCGCUGGCGUACUCGGCUCCAGAGAUUCUGCUGGGAGAAGAGUAUGAUGCUCCAGCUGUGGAUAUCUGGUCUCUCGGGGUGAUCCUGUACAUGUUGGUGUGUGGAGCCCCUCCCUUCCAGGAAACCAACGACAGCGAGACUCUGGUCAUGAUCCUGGACUGUCGCUACCGCGUCCCUGAACACGUCUCCAACGACUGCAGAGACCUGAUCUCCAGGAUGCUCCAGAAGGACCCGUCUGGCCGCGCCUCGCUCGAGGAGAUCGAGGCUCACGGCUGGCUGCAGGGGCUCGACGACGCGCUGCUCAGCCCGGAGGCCCCGCCGCACUGGCUCUCGGGGGCCCUCUCUCCCAGCUCUCCCCGCUCGGGAGCACCCGAGUGCGGGGACCUGCUUGCGGCGAGGCCCCCACCUCAGCAGGCUUUUCCAGGCCCCUGGCAGCCCAGCCUCAGCUUCGUCCUCCGUCCGCCUCCGGCCGAGGAGCCUCCGGUCACCAAGAACCUUCCCGCGCUACAGCAGAUCUGCGAGGAGGAAGAGGAGGAAGAGGAAGAGGAAGAGGAGGAGGAGGAGGAGGGAGUUUUGGCAAAAGAGGGUGAAUGUUUGGUGUCUUUGUUUGUAGCAGAGCCGGAAAAAGAAGCUGAGGAGAUGGUUGAUGGUGCAGAUGAUCAAGAGUGCAGGGAGGAGGAACAAAAAGAAGAAUUAGGAAGCUUAGUGGAGAUUAUGGAGGAGGGAGAGGAGGAGCAGGAAGGAAUGGAAAUAGAGAAAGAAGACAGUGGAUGCGUGAUUUCCGACCAGCCAGUCAGUCACGGAGACAAAGCGCUCAGUCAGACACCUGAAGUCCCACCGUCGUCUCUGCCUGGUUUGGGGGUGCCGUGCUGUCAGGGGCCGGCGGACUCCACAAGCCCAGAGGAAGGACGGGGCGAGGAGACAGAACCUAACAACAACACCAACAAACCUCCUCCUCUCCUCCCUGAAUCCGCGUCCUCCUUCAGACUGGCGCCGAACGAGAAGGAGUCGCAAAAAACGGGACGAGAAGGAGCGCGAGACGAGAAAACGGAGGAGGGCGGGAGAGACGACCCCUCGGCGGACAGAUCUCAACCCCACAACGAGGCCGCUCCGAGGGCGGAGCAGGGGAAGCGGCACAGCCUCAAGCUGCGCGAGAGACUCUUUCAGUUCCCCCUGUGCGAGAAGGCUCUGGCCUUCAACAUACCGACACACAACAAGCCCAAGAUCCUGCCGCUGGCUCAGUACAACUGCUGCCACGUGCUAUAGGUGAAAACCCAGCCUGCGCGCGGCCUCAGUUUGGCUGUGGGCAGAUAGCCGGCGUCAGAGCGCCGAGCUCCAUGCUGACCUCGAGGCAGGAGAGCAAAAGACCCUCAGCGUACGGGACGCGACGUGUACAGCCUCACACCUACAAACACUCGGCCCUAGCGUCGUGCUCAUGUGAUAAACGUUAACGUGUUAAGCUAGCGGUGGUGUACAGCACAGUAGUCAGACAUCAGCUGAACCUCAUGCGGUUGCAUUGCUGUGAACAGCGACUAGACGGUGUCCCGUCUGUUGCUCAGAAACAAUACCGGACCUACAGGAGAGAUGACGACAGGAAUAGAUAGACAUAAAACGUUUUAAUUGAAUAAGCUAUAGUCUUCUUUGUUUGUUUGUUUAAGAGGUGCCUACAUACGUUGAUACUGUACAUGCAUGGCCACCGUGUCAUUUUGGUGCUGACUGGUAAAAUAAAGCUCUAAAAGUCAGAAUGGUCUAGCACUCAGUCGAUCCAUGAUUUUAUAAUACGUGAAUUAGAAUAAAGUUUGAACCAGCUUUGCUACAGAGUAGCACUCCUUUUCUCUUCCCUUUGCACAACCUGCUUCUCAUUGGUUACACAGCUCUGAACGUCAGCUCUAUUCUACAAAGAAUGAGACUGUUAUGAUAUGAUGUGGUAUAUGAUACGAUAUGAUACUGUGUAAUAUAUGCCUAAGUCUGAGAUGACGAUAUGAUUUUCUGUACUGUUAACCUAAUGAGGUGUCCUAACAUACUGUAUCAUACUGUUGAUAGGGUCAUUGGUCAUUGAUUGGGAUGCAGGUCUUCCAUUGUAUUUGAACUUGUUCUUUUUAUUCUCCCUGAACAGUUUAAUCAUAUUUGAUCAUAACAGAUUUAUUUUGGAUGUGCAGAUAUGAAGUUUCUUUUUUUUUUUUUAUAUGACUGUCAAAGAUAUGAAUUCUCUGAAGAGACAUGUGACUUUGUGCAUGUUAUUACUGUUAUUUAUCACAAUAUACCUCCAUGUGUCUUGGAUCUGACGGGACGUUGUUCUUGUGUAACUGUAAGUACCUUGAGGUAAUCUACUGAAUGAUGAAUUGCACACAGUGCGACUACUGCAGCAGGUUUAUACACGCUCUGUCCUUGGACUGAUAGAUUAGAUUUGUUGGUCAUUUAGACCGAAUGACGUGAUACCUUAUUACGUAGCUGAGGAGUCCCUCCGUAUGGUAUUAGUAUACCAUAUAAUGCCUCAGUGUGUUUCUCUAUUUUCUCAUACUGUAUAUUUUUUUCUCUUUAGAAGCUGAGACAAUAAUUGAGAUAUUUUGUAAGGUUAAAGAAGGCCAAAGCUGUACAAUAAGCGAAAGAUUCCUCCUAUAGCUCAGUAAAGAGAGCGUAUUCCAAUCACUCACUACUUCACGGGUACAACUCGUUGGAGUUUAGGCGUACGACCUGUUGAUUGGACGGUGCCCGACUACAUAAGCAGCGGAUGUCACGUGAAAUCUGAUUAUAUCAUCCGCCAUGAAAAGCAUGAAAUCUGUGCAGACAGGGGAUAAAAAUCACUUUAUUUGUUCCUGUGCGAUUGCAGCCCGUCUCCCCUCAGUGUGUCUGCGUCUACUGACCUGCAUUGUAACUAGGACCACGUCUCCAUGGAGCUGGGAACAUAUUUUUCUGUAUUUAUUUAUUAAAAUGGAUUAAAUCAA